GAGGGCUCCAAUCUGGUCUUACGCGGAAGCGAGCCAAAGAAGGCACCUGCGCAACGGCGAAGAGUUUUCACUGGCCCAGUGGAGGACUUGAGCGAGGAGGAGGUCGAAGAUGAGGAGAAGCCUCUGCUGGUUAAGCGGCUAUCGUCCUCAGCACCGCCUCCGCCACCACCCUUUGAUGAGAAUGGAGAGGAGGCGGCCCGCAGGCACUGCGUGUUCUUCCACAACGCGCCCAAGAAGAUCACAGAGAUGGAGCUGCAGCGGAUUUUUGAGAGAGCUGGCUCU